UCUUGAUUUGUGUGGGAGUUCACUCCCUCCCACUCCCUCCUUCACCUCCUUACCCCUACCCUUACCAACCUCCAAACUCAGCUCCAUGGAUUGGUUCUAGCACCAACCUGUCCUUUUUUCUUCCUUCUUUUUUCUUUUCUUUUCUUUUUCUUUUUGUCGAGGCUUUAGGGGAAUUGCCAAGACCUGUUUCAUGCAUGUCCACUGGCGGCAGGUUCAACUUUGACGAUGGGGGGUCAUACUGUGGAGGGUGGGAGGAGGGCAAGGCGCACGGUCACGGGAUCUGCACUGGACCCAAAGGCCAGGGCGAGUACUGCGGCUCCUGGGCCCAUGGGUUUGAACUGCUGGGUGUCUACACUUGGCCCAGCGGGAACACCUACCAGGGCACCUGGGCUCAGGGCAAGAGACACGGUGUGGGCGUUGAGAAUAAAGGCCGCUGGGUGUACAAAGGCGAGUGGACGAAUGGCUUUAAAGGACGCUAUGGCGUGCGGGAGAGCACGGGGACAAGCGGGAAGUACGAAGGGACAUGGAACAACGGCCUGCAGGACGGAUACGGAACAGAGACGUACUCGGAUGGAGGAACAUUUCAGGGUCAGUGGGUUGGCGGGAUGCGUCAUGGCUACGGAGUUCGUCAGAGCGUCCCUUACGGUAUGGCGGCCGUUAUCCGCUCCCCGCUUCGUACCUCCAUAAACUCUCUCCGCUCCGGUUCAGAGCACAGCAAUGGGACAGCUCUGCUGGACCGGACUGGGGCAGUGGUUCCUGGACCUCCCCCCCUUCCUGGCACGCUGACCACCAGCGUCUCCAUGUGCAGCACAGGCAGCAGUGGCAGCAGCCCCGCGGUGUCUCGGGGAGGUUUUGUGCUGACGGCGCACAGCGAGGCUGAGCUGCUGAAGGGGAAGAGGAAGGGCGGGCUUUUUCGAAGAUCCAUCCUGUCAGGUCUCAAGCUGAGGAAGUCAGAGUCCAGGAGCUCUUUGGCCUCCCAGAGGUCUAAACAGAGCUCAUUCAGGAGUGAAGCUGGCAUGAGUACCGUGUCCUCUGCUGCAUCUGAUAUCAACUCUACCAUCAGCCUCGGAGAUGCAGACACAGAGCUGACGGUCGCUGAUGACGAUGUGGACGCCACAGCAACAGAGACCUACUGCGGGGAGUGGAAGAACGACAAGCGGACCGGAUUCGGCGUGAGUCGGCGGUCCGACGGGCUGCAGUACGAAGGGGAGUGGCUCAGCAACAAGCGGCACGGCUAUGGCUGCACCACGUUUCCUGAUGGCACAAAAGAGGAAGGGAAGUACAAGCAGAACAUCCUGGUGAGCGGCAAGAGGAAGAACCUGAUCCCCCUCCGAGCCAGUAAGAUCAGGGAGAAGGUGGACCGAGCCGUGGAGGGAGCGCAGAAGGCAGCAGAUAUCGCCCGGCAAAAGGCUGAGAUCGCUCUUUCCAGGACGGCUCACGCACAGGGUAAAGCUGAGGCGGCGGUAGCAGCAGCUCAGAAGGCCCAGGAAGAGAGUCGCAUCGCGAGGGUCACUGCCAAGCAGUUCUCCCCUUCUUUCCAGCACCCAGGAAAUGGUAUGGAAGUGCAGCGUCCCAAACGUCAGGUGUCCAGUGAAGUGGAGGGCGAGGGUUUGUCGAGUAGCGCUGGUACAGCCGACAGUCCAGACCUGUAUGUGAAGAGCGCGGCCUCCGAUGACCCCUCUAAUGACGCUGCAACCCCUGAUCUCAGCCCGCCUUCGUCUUCACCACCCCACACCCCGCCGCCACCUGCCCGGCCGUCGCAACGCAGCAAGAGUGCCCGUUUCCACCGGCAGAGCGCAGUGGACCAUGGGGACAGGGGAAGGGAGGGGGGAGAAAGAGGUGAGAAAGGUGUGGGGGGGGAGCAGACAGAAAUUCAGGUGUUGAUGGAGGGAGGCAGUGUGGGAGGUGAAGGUGUUGGAGGUGGAGGAGGGAAGGGGGAGUAUCCACGGGCCAACAGCUGGAGUGAAGACAAAAGGAGGGGACUGUUAUCAAAAGGAGGAGGUGGGGUCAGUGGGCGAGGCACUAGCCGGACCAACGGACACAAACACAGUUCCUCUAAUCACAAGUCGCGGGAGCACAGCUCUUCCAAUCACAGACAGGCCAGGUGGACAGAGUCAUCCUCAUCUGCCUCCUGGACGUCCAGCCACAGGGGCGUGCACGGCAGGGGAGGCCGGCUGCUGGAGCAGGACGAGGAGAAAAUUAGCAACUACGAGAUGGAGAUGAAGCCUUUACAGCCCAGAGACUCAACCACCCACAAGCCCCAUGGGCACGGGGAGGAGAGGCACAGUCACGGAGAGGGGCGUUCACACGCCGUUCAGCGACAGAGGCAUAAGAACCGAGAUGGGAGGGAGGGAAGGGAAGGGAAAGAGGGGAGGGAAGGGGGAAAGGACUCAGCGCACAAGUUGGACAGACAGGGGGAGAAGCUGGACUCACGGCCUCUGCGCCGGGACCUCACCCUCUCCCCCCCUCUGAAAUCCUCCCCCAUCACACCGACGCAGCAGGACCACAGCCUCACACAGAGCAAAGGCAAUUCGGCCUACAGCUCCAUCCUGGUUGUCAUGGUGAUUCUGCUCAACAUUGGAGUGGCUAUUUUGUUUAUCCACUUUUUUAUUUAAAGACAGCACCGCUUUCAGAGUCAGCCUACCUAUGCUACAACAACUAUAAAUUCAUAUGAGUAUUACGGCGAAUCUGCUGCCCCUUCGUGUUCCUGGUGAGAUGGCUGCAACCAGCUGGGACCAAGGAGGGCUCCACCGUCAUUUGGGCUAAAGGUGGCUAACCCAAACUAAGCAGAGCUUGGUCCGGCCAUCCUGGAAGAAAUGCUGAAGUGCAAAGCCCAAAGGGGUGGACAAAGGACGGGUAAAGCAGUCCAGAUGACUGGACUGCAGGGAGAUAAUAUAGUCCAGAAACUGGACUGAAGUGAGCUUCAGAGGUUCACGUCAAGACUGGAGUGGGCUGCCUGAUUCUCAGGCACGAAAGCUGCAGCUGGCAUUUACAGCAAGUGCGCAGACAGGACUGACCAGACAGACUUUUUCAUCUUCAAAUCAUAGUUUUCAACAGAUUUGUAACUUAAAAUUUAUUUAUUAACAUUUUCUCUCAUGUACAAUACAUCGAUGGAUAUGUUCUUUAUUUUGUAACCCUCCUCCCCUUCUUUCUAAAACUCCUGCCUUUUGGUUCUUCCGCCUGCCCCGGUGUUGUUACUGAUGGUUGUGUACUUGUGGUCCAUUGUGUUGGCUGAGACACACUCAAGAGCUGCAGAGUGUGUAUGCGCUGUCCACACACACACGCACACAGAAACACACACUCAUUGCUUUUACAGCAUCCUUCUUCUUCUUUCUCUGGUUAAUUUUUAUCACAUACUGUGUGUGAGGAGGAGUGUGUUUGGAUAUCAUGUUUACAGUGAAAUGCGAGUUUCUAUCAAGCUUGGAUGUUUUUGCCAUCACAGUAUAUGCCUGUGUGUAGGCGUGAGGGUGUGUGUUUGUGUGUGUGUGUGUGUGUUUGUGUGUGUGUGUGGUCUCAAAAUUGCACAGUGGCCUUUCAUGCUGUUCAUGAACUUUACAAGAGCAUCUCACGAGGACAGAGUCGCCGCACAGCAACAUCUAGCUGACUAGCAUCGGCUGACAGCUGCGCUUGCUCCAUCUCUCUCCCUCCUACUCAACCCCACCUCCACACACACCGGUCAAAGGAUGGAACUUCCUCUGAGUUGGUGGAUAUUCACAGCACAGCGUAUUGGCAGAGCCCUGCGCCUGCUGUACCACCAGCUGAGGUAUUUAAAGGAAAAUACUGCUUCCACCAAAGCCUCUCAAAUACGGCUUUCCAACUGCUUCUGUUAAAACCUAACCUGAAGAUAAUGACAACAUCUUUUAUACUAUACUUGCAAGAUGUCUGAAAAAAAUCCUAGUCGCCCAACUGCAUUGCUUUUGUAGAGCAAAUUGAUCCAAGUACAACAAUGCAUGCAUAUGUACUGUAAUAUCUUAGUUGUGCGUUGAAUCUGGAAGCUUCAGAAGCUUCAGAAGCAACAUGUUAGGUUUUGACAGGAGCACAGUUUGGAGACCGGCCUCUUUCUCUUUUUCUUGAUUUUACUCAACUGAGCAACACAGAUUAAAGUCCCUAGUUGGAGCUAGAUGAUGCAAUGCUGUUGUAGUAAACAGUAGCCAGGGCCAAGUGAGGAUUUAUCAUCUCCUCUCCUUAACUUCUCCUCUGCUGAGCAAGACUCUUACUGACACGCAAGCCUGUCACAGACAGCUGUCGUGCUUUUUAAUCAACUGGGUUUCUCUCAAACUGCCCAGUACAAUCCCUCUGUUUCUUUCCAUGAGUGCACAUGACUGCUCAGAGAGUAUAUGAACAUCUGUGUGUGUGUGUGUGUGUGUGUGUGUGUGUGUGUGUGUGUGUGUGUGUGUGUGUGUGUGUGUGUGUGUGUGUGUACGCGUGCGUGUGCGCGCGCAUGUGCGCGCGCUUGUCCUUCUCCUUCCUCAUGAUUGGAUGGCGGGAUGGCUGAAACCCUCACCAUCAGUAACAACUUCCAGGAGGGGCAGAGAGGUUUGCUGUUGCUUUUCUGUCCGACAGCGUUUCUCAGGCUGUAGGCUCAUUUCCGGCGUUUCCCCAUGUUCUGACAACACCUCGGUCUAGAAGCUCUGCUGUAUGCCAUCAGCCUGGUGACGAUGCCCUGCACCACCCUGUUAGUCUGCAGCAUGCUACAGCAUGCCAAGCUCUCUCUCCCUCUCUAUAGUUUCACUCUCUUCUUUCUUUCUUUCUUUCUUUCUUUCUUUCUUUCUUUCUUU